UCUUUGUGUCACCUCUUUUCGAACAUUUUUACAACCACACAUAGAAUUCAGCUCUUAUCCAUAACUUGCCUAAAUCUUCCAAUGUUCUAUAUAUAACCUUACAUAGUACACAUGAUCACACCCCAACCAUCCUAAACACACGAAACAAAUGGAUCAAAAAACAGAACACAAACCACACUGCCUAAUCCUUCCACAUCCAACCCAAGGCCACAUAAACCCUUUGAUCCAAUUCUCCAAACGCUUAGCCCACAAAGGCAUCACAAUCACCUUCGCCGUACCACAAGACAUCCUCACCUCCGCCGCCGCCGACAUCUCCGCCUCCAUCGCCGUCGAGACGAUCUCCGACGGCUACAACUCCGCCGCCGCAAGAGCCGACGCCGACCCUCGGGAGUAUCUAGCCACCUUCAAAAGGGAAGGGACGGAGUCAACGUCCCGGCUCAUCGAGAAGCUUCGAGAAGGCCGGGGCCGGGCCGUGGACUGCGUCGUCUACGACGCCUUCAUGCCGUGGGGGCUGGCCGUGGCGAAGAGUAAAGGGCUGUUUGGCGCGGCCUUCUUCACGCAGCCCAGCUCUGUUAAUCUUGUCUACUACAGCGUGUUUAAAGGGUUGCUCAAAGUUCCGGUUACGGAGAGGGAAACCGUGCUUCCCGGGCUGCCGCCGUUGGCGGUCUCGGAUUUGCCGUCGUUUGUUGUUGAUCAGGAGAAGCAUCCGGGCGUGUUGGAGCUGCUGGUGGCUCAGUUUGAAGGUGUGGAGGAUUCUGAUUUCGUGUUUGUUAACUCGGUUUACGAGCUUGACGAAGAGGCAAAUGAUUGGAUGAAAAAAUCAAUGUCAGUAAAAACAAUUGGACCAGCCAUACCUUCAAUCUACCUAGACAAAAGAUUACCACAUGACAAAAGUUAUGGUCUUAGUUUGUUCAAGCCAGAUGACAUUUGCAUGAGAUGGCUACAACAAAGACCACCUAAAUCAGUUAUCUACGUCUCCUUCGGUAGUAUUGCCAAAUUGGAAAAGCAUGAAAUGGAGGAAUUGGCAACGGCCCUUAAGCAAACCGGAAAACACUUCCUAUGGGUGGUCCGAUCCUCGGAGGUGUCGAAGCUCCCGGAAAAAUUUGCGGACGAGGCCUCGGGUAAGGGACUGAUCGUGUCAUGGUGCUCGCAGCUUGAGGUACUUGCCCAUGAAGCCGUAGGAUGCUUUGUCUCGCACUGUGGGUGGAACUCGACUCUGGAAGCACUGAGCCUCGGGGUCCCGAUGGUGGGGGUCCCGUGGUGGAGUGAUCAGGCUACGAAUGCGAAGUUUGUGAUGGAUGUUUGGAAGAUGGGAGUGAGGAGUUGCCCCAAUGAAGAAGGUGUUGUUGGGCAUGAGGAAUUGGUUCGUUGUGUAAAUUGUGUGAUGGAGGGAGAGAGAGCGGAAGAGAUGAGAGAGAACGCAAGGAAAUGGAAGGAGUUGGCAAAGGGAGCUGUUGAUGAAGGGGGAAGUUCGGAUGGAAAUAUUCAAGAAUUUAUUUCUACUCUGAUGGGUGGACAAAUAUCAUAAAGUAGUCACAUUCUUGACUAUUAAUAUAUCUUCAAAUAAACGGGACACAUACUCGACAAUCAAGUGACAUAAAAAAUUGGGUUGAACUUGUAUUUUAAGUUGUCUAGUUAUGUACAUAUGGUUGAACUUGUAUUAUAAUAAUAAAAAAAAAUGGAAUGAACAUCUCGUUUGAUUACUCUUA